AUGCCGCAGGAAAAUGGCCUCGAUCAGCGCGAAGACGGUCUCCCGCCCGAGCCGAUAUGCGUGCAAUACCGGUUCUCGCAGACGGCGCCCACGGGCCAGGGCAUCCCGACGCAGAUACGGCUGCUGACGGUCUCGGAGAAGCUCCUGGCGACGGUGCACGGCGACCGGGACGUGCUGAUAUGGAACCUGACGCGCAACGCGCCGCCGCGGAGCGUGGAGAUCGAGGCGAUGAUGGACCGGAUCACGGGGAUCGCGUUCUCGCCGACGAGCGACCGGGUGCUGGCGGUCUCGUUCCGGCUGGGGGCGUCGCACGAGGUGUGGAGCUACGACUGGGGGAGCGGGACGGCGGAGGCGGUGUUCGAGACGGGCGGCGCGGACUUCCACUCGGUGCAGUUCUCGCCGGACGGGAGGCUGCUGGCGUGGAUCUCGGGCGGGUGCGUGGACGUGUGGGAGACGGUGAUCAACACGCACGUGGUGACGCUCCGGGAGAGCAAGAGGAAGACGAACGGGAUGCCGGUGGCGAGGUUCGCGUUCACGCCGGACUCGAGCCGGAUCGCGACGCUGGACCGCGCGGGGAGGAUGACGACGUGGGACGUGGCGACGUGGGACGUGGCGACGUGGGACGUGGCGACGUGGUCGGACGUGAAGGAGUCUCUGUGCGGGAAGACGGGGGGCGCGUCGGCAUCGUGGGACGGCGUCGGGCGGGAGGCGAUGCAGCUCGUGGCGGACGGUCGAGGGCGGGUGAUGGCGGCGUGUCGGCAGACGGACGGGACGAGCCCGUGGACGUGGAGGUUGACGACGUGGUGGCCGGAGAACGGGAGCCGGGCGGAGCUGGAGAUGAACGGGUGCGCGUUCGCGUGUGUGCCGCGGAACGGGGGCUUCGUGGCGACGGUGCAGGCGGACGGCGGGAGGUUGAGGAUUCGCGAUGUCGGCAACGGGGUCUGUCUCGAUCAGUCGACGCAGGGCAUCGCGAAGACGGGCAAGACGCCGCUGGUCGUGGCGGGCGCGAUUGCGGUUGGUGAUCGGGUCAUGGUGACGCAGAUUGCGAACGGGAGGACGACGGUGUGGCAAUUGACGGCGGCGGCUGAUGAGUAG